AUGGAUGGAUUCACAAGGGUAUUUGGGUCGAUGAAGCGGGUGGCGAAGGAAGCGGACUCUCUUGUGGGAGGUUGGGUGGAAGAACAUGAGAUGAGGCUCAACAGCGAGGGCAGCAAGAGGCAGGAUUUAAUUGAUGUGAUGCUAUCGGUGCUUGAAGACACUUCCAUGUUUGGCCAUUCAAGGGAAACAGUCAUCAAGGCAACAGUAAUGACUCUCAUGGUGGGAGGCACUGACACUGUGGCUACAACCUCCACAUGGCUUCUGUCUGCAUUAUUAAACAAUAAACAUGCUUUGAAGCGUGCUCAAGAGGAGCUAGAUCUAAAAGUUGGUAGAGGCAGGUGGGUGGAAGAAUCGGAUAUUCCAAACCUGCAUUACCUUCAAGCCGUUAUCAAGGAAACCCUGAGGCUAUACACAGCAGCUCCUCUAUCUGUGCCACACGAAGCCAUGGAAGACUGUCAUGUUGCUGGCUACCACAUUCCAAAAGGCACCCGCUUGUUUGUGAAUGCGUGGAAGUUGCACCGUGACCCAAGUGUCUGGUCCGACCCUGAAGAUUUUCAGCCGGAAAGGUUUCUGACAACCCAUGCGGAUUUAGACGUUUUGGGGCAGCAUUUUGAGCUCAUCCCAUUUGGUUCUGGCAGAAGAUCUUGCCCAGGGAUCACCAUGGCCUUAAAAUUGUUACCCUUGGUGAUUGGUCAGCUGCUUCAAGGGUUUGACUUGUCAACACCAUUGAACGCUCCGGUGGACAUGAGAGAAGGCCUGAGUGUUACCUUGGCUAAGCUGACUCCUCUGGAAGUCAUGCUCACCCCACGCCUUCCUUCUCAAUUCUAUUAGUGUUGGCUGCUGCAUAAACAUCGAUGGAAAAAUAUGUCGAAAGUUAAAC